UAUCAUAUUUAUUAUCACACAAUAUCCAGGGAGUUAAAAGAGAGAAGGAUUUGGAGUGGGCAAUCGAGGAAUAAAGGAAGCAUUUGGAACCGCUGUGAACCCAGCAACUGAUGCUUUGCAGAACUCUACAGAAACCCAUGGAAACCGUUUCAUGUUCAGUUCUUCAUCCUCUUCCAUUUUUCGAUACUUGCUCUUACAACAAACACUUCCAAUUCCUCAAAACCCAACUCUCUUUUCUCCCCACUUUCUCCACUAACUUGCAUUUUCCCCGGAAAAAUUUCCCGCACUUCAAUGGCUUAACUGCUUUCAGAUCACUCCCACCCCAUAACAACCCAAACCCAUCUCAAGAACUCGCUAUUCUCCUCGAGGUUGAGGGGGUCAUUGUGGAUGUAUAUUGGAUGGGCAACCGCAAUGCCUUCAACACAGCAUUCCGGAAGCUUGGCCUGGACUGUGCAAAUUGGCCAGAACCUGUCUAUCUAGAUCUUUUAAGGAAGAGUGCUGGUGACGAGGAGAGGAUGUUGAUACUGUUCUUCAAUAAGAUUGGUUGGCCAACUUCAGUACCCACUAGUGAGCAGAAAACAUUCAUGCAAAAUGUUUUGCGGGAAAAGAAAAAUGCAUUGGAUGAUCUAUUGGUGUCAAAAGGCUUACCUUUACGACCUGGAGUAGAAGAUUUUAUUGAUGAUGCAUAUAAUGAAGGAAUACCUUUGCUCGUUCUUACACCCUGCUGUGAAAGUGAGGAUAAAGUAAGAAGAUUUAUUGCUGACAAGCUUGGCCCAGAAAGGAUUUCAAAGGUAAAGAUAGUUGGGAAUGAGGAGGUAGAACAAAGUUCUUAUGGUCAAAUCAUCCUAGGUAUCGGUAAAGGACUGUUGUCAGGUGUGGAUGAGCAACUAGCAAAGGAAGCAAUUAAAGCAGUUUCCGCUGAGAAACAGAGGAUAGCAGAGGAGGUUGCAUCCAUUUUAAAGUUGAAGGUUGAGAUUGGUAGUGGCUUACAUGAAAAUUUACCGAAGACUAUUGCUGCAUUGCAUGCGGGAUCGGAGUAUGCAGGGGUACCUGUCAACAAUUGUGUACUUAUAACUGGAAGCCAAUCUGGGGUGGCUGGAGCUGAGAGAGUAGGCAUGCCAUAUGUUGUUCUUCAUAGCAGAGCUUCUCAAGCUGAGUUCCCUUCAGCUAGUGCUGUACUGGAUGGUUUUGGAGGUGCUGACUUGACGAUAUCUAAACUAAGAAAGAAGCUAAGAUCUUGAGUUCUUUUCAAGUUGCUGGUUUCCAAGAGCAUAUUUUUGCACUUCUCACUUUUCUGGAUUUGAUAUAUUGGAACAUCCAUUCACAGAAAGAUAUCUUGGGCUCUAAUCUAAGUCCACCAUGCUUUUGAGCUAAAAUGUUUUUUUUUUUUCCCUUUUUUUCUUUUUUUUCCCCCUUAAGUGUACAUCUUUUUACACAUUCUUGGGCAUACAUCAUGCUCUCUAAGUAGGCCACAGUGUGCACUGGAAUAGUUUUAACCUUUCAUUUGCAGAGUACUGCUUUUUAUCACAACUGCAUGUACCAGAGAUUGUUAGAAUUUUGAAUUGUUGUAGUGAUUCUUCCUGGACAA